UCCAAAUUCUUCAAAAACAACAUUAAUUUAAAACCAUACAAAAAUUUCGAAUCUAUGGCUAAAUCCAUGAUUUCGGUCAUUUUUAUUUGCGCCAUGUUGAUGAGCCUGGCUUCUUUAGGCCAUGGAGCAAUCACUUGUAAUUUUGUUAACACUCAACUUCGUCCAUGCAAGGACUAUGUCCUGAACGCACAAACUAUCGAUUUCACUUGCUGUAUCGGCGCGAAAAACGUUGCCGGAGAUGCUACAACGCCGGCGGAUCAUCAGGCCGUUUGUUCCUGCUUGAAACCCUUUCUUUCGUCGCUAACCUUUGAACAGCUCAAGGUUGCUGCUGCCAUUCCUGGUAUUUGUGAUGUCCAAGCCCCAUUCCCUAUUACUCGUGAUGUCGAUUGCUCAAAGGUGAACUUAGUUUAAUGGCUUGAAGGCAAGGAGGGAUUUCAGUGGAUUAAAGGCUAUUUACAUCAAUCAAUUGCGAUACUGUGUCUUCAAUUGUACUUAUAAUUUAAAAGUAGGAUUCAGUCUUGUUAGGGAACACCAUCGAUCCGUAGCGCCCAAUGUUGGUUCACAGUGAUGUAAUCAAAAGUGAUACGGGGAAGAAAUAAAGAAG